AUGAGAAAGCAACGCGGUGGAUCCGGGCACCGCCAGUCAACGCGCCGUCCAUGCCAGAACUCAGACGGCAACAUAUACGGAGGUUCGUCAAAGCGUCACAACACAAAAGAGGACCAGUUACCACCUCGGUCACCAUUCCGUUACUUACCUUACCCAGAUUCCAGUGAUCCUCUCGCGGGUUGUAGCUCGUCGACCAUCCCAACCGUCCGUGUGCCUGACUUCCGGUCAGCUUCCGCGUUUGUGUUUGCCUCUACACCCGAAAGCCCGCGGUAUCAAGCGACAAACAACCACUUGGUUGACGUCCGACCAAACCGGGGGAUGCCGGUGCAGAAAGUAGAUACGGUUGUGUGUAUGGAUGAGGGACGGCGGGUCGUACGGGCGAAAGGCAUUCACGAUGACGGGGAAGACUACACCGCCUUCAUGUAUCAGGUCAGGGAGGCCGGAAAGGAGGCCAGUAACGUCUUUGACCUCAGCUGCCGACUUGCGGACAUUAUGUGCAGCUCACUUUGUGUGACGGUGUUUGUUGGCGUUUCCAUGGCAAUACCUCUGACAAUGUUCUCAAUAGGUGUGAAAUACUGGGAAGACUGUCCAAAGGAUGCACGAGUGCCUGUCUAUCUAAUCGUGGGAGGUUGUUGCGGGCUUGUCAAGCUGAUAGCAACUCUCUGGCGUAACGUACAAACACGGCGGCACCACCGCCUUAUAGACGAACCAGACGUGGAGGGGGCCUUUACUAACCAAACUUUCCGAACCAUGGACACCUUACUUCUGUUGUUUCUCGUUGGUUGGCAAGUGGCAGGAACGAUAUGGACGUUCAAUAUUUGGCGGCCUCGCUUUGAACCACUCUUACACCAGCCUAGUAACUGGUGUGAUAGAACCGUGUACAUGUUCGCAGUUUACCAGUUGAGUUCAACUUAUGCUGCUACUUCUGUGUUCAUGUUCCUACUUCUUUUACUGACAUGUUGUCAAAAGUGUCAAUCAUAUUAACU